AUGCUAGAUGCGGAGUUCUGUGUUCUGUCGUUGGCGAUUCCGCCGCCUUUGGGAGGGGUUUCAACAGGGGCUGCUUUCCCGCUGGAAGCGUUUUUCUUCACACAGGCGUUUUUCAACGUGCGCACGCUCGAGCUGCUGUCACUGCUGCGAAGAGAGAGCGAGGGCCGAGGAGGGGUUGGGGUUGGGCAAAUGACAGACGUGGAGGCUCAAAUCUCCGCGGAUGAAGCACUAGCAAGGAGGAUUCAGGCAAACGAGCACCAACGAGAGAGCACCCCCCUCAUCAGCCUCACCAACCGACAAGCCAUCAUGAAUGUUGCCAGCAUCAACGAGUCAAAUGAAGGCAACAGCGGCAGCGGAAGGAUUGGUUUGGGAGAGCUGAUCCAGCAGGCGGGGAGCGAUGAGGCAGAGACGCAGCCGGCGACUAGAAGGCCCGUUAACAGGGCUACCAACAGGAACGUCAGGCACGUAUGGAUGCACAUAGCCGACGAUGGUGUGCGUGGUUUGAGCGCUAGCAGGCUUAGCCUCCUCCUGCUCACCCUCGUGAACCUCCCGCUGAUUGCGGCUGGCGUGGUUAUCCUAAUCCUGCACUGGCAAGACACAGACGUCUGCGACGUGGACCACAGACGGAAGUGGAAGUGGUGGGCGCUGUUAUCGGUCGUGAGGAUGAUGCUUAUUACCCCGGUGGUGAUGGUGAGAUGGAGGGUGGAGGGUCAGAGGGAAGAAGACCGGAACCAGGCAAUCGACCACCUGUCUAGCAACAUGCGGAAUUCUCUGGACAUUGUCGGGCUCGUGUGGUUCGUAAUCGGACACAUGUGGUUGCUGCAAAAUCAAGGGUGUGACAACCCGAGGGACUCGCCGAUCUACCAGCUGUGCCUGGUGUACAUCAUCAUCACGUACAUCCACAUCUGCCUGCCCUGCAUCCUGCUGAUGCUGCUGGUGCCAGUGCUGUGCUUCUGCCUGCCGUGCGUGAUCCGGUUGAUGGGGAUGCUGCAAGGACCGCAGAGACUGAAAGGGGCUAGGCAGGAUGAAAUCGAGAAGCUACCCGUUGUCAAGUACCGUGAGGUGCAAGACAUGGAAGACGACGCGUGCGCCAUUUGUAUUGUGGACUAUGAAGCAGAGGACGAGCUCAGAAAGCUUCCCUGCCGGCAUGCCUUCCACAAAACGUGCGUGGACAGCUGGUUGGCCGUGAACGCGAGCUGUCCCAACUGCAGGGCGCGCUGUUUCGAAGAGGACGGCGAGGGGGAGGAAAAGAUCGCGGAUGAUGCACCCGCACCAGUUGGAGACAACCUGGCAUGACGCCGCCAUCGUUGGCGUCCUGUCAACGUAUGGUUGAGAACGGUGGUACGCUGAAGAACCGGUACUUGGAACGGUGCUGAGAGUGGUGCUCCAACCGGUGCUGAGAAACAAUGUUGAGAACGGUUCUGAGCACAGUGCUGAGAAUGGCGUUGGCUGAGCUUGCGGGAACAAGUCGACUGGCAAGGGCCAGGUUCGUUACACGAUAUCAACGUCCCAUUCGGUGCAGUUCACAAACAAGCGGGGGUGGGACUACAGCAGUUGUGUACGAGCGAAGAAGGGUCUGGGAAAACUGCAUGCUGCAGAUCUUACCGGUGGGUGGCUUGAUGUGUGGCGCGCUGGAAUGCGGGGGUCGCGGGACGGUCAGGCUUGAAAUCGUUUUUGCAGCCGGGCUUACGAUUUUGGUUAUUUUUCUCCGAAACCGUUCAAGGCGCAGUGGGUGAACAUGCGACUGACCCCUGUGGAAUCUAGAAAAAAAGUUAUUUUGAAAAAGAUGCGUAGAGAUCGGACCAGUCGGGAGAAGACGAGAGGACAAUCAGUUGUCGAGAUCCUGCAGAGGGGCCAGUAUUGGGUAGGGUUGGUUCAGCAGGACGAGUAUUUUCAUAGGGCUCCACCAUCAGUAUCACGCGCGAUCGAAUCUUGAUGGUCCCGGUGCGUAUGUGUGACAUGUGCGUCUGUUUGUCAGGCCUACCCCUAACCUUGCUGCGGAGGCUGUGGGCGUGGGGCCGUGUUUGCUGUGGCCGUUGUUUGGUAUUGGCGGGCACGCACCCUCCCUCCAGCGAUUCUGGGUGAAGAGUCAUUCACGGGCCGGGCUUCGGGCGGUAUUUUGGUGGCUGUGUGAAACGUGUGCUGUUGUCUGUCCGAUAUAAUUGUGACUGAGUGCCAGCAUAACAUGUUUGCCAGCAUAACAUCUUUGAACUUGAUAACCGGCUUUUGUGACAAGAUCACCCCGCCCAACGCAUGUUGUUGAUGCAUGUUGUUCGAAUUCGCGCCUUGCCCUUUCCUCUCUGGGUUUUGUGCGUUGCCCAGCGCCACCAUGCCUGCCGAUGCAACGGUUUUUGGUGAUUGUAUGUAUCAGGUGGCGUUUUUGUCUUUUUGAUGUGGUUGCUAGCGCUCGUAUAAAUAGAUGGUUCUAGGUUGGUUAGGUGGGCGCCCUGCAUGUCUCUUGUUUUGUGUGCGAUGCUGAUGCCUGUUCUGUGUGUGUAGGGUUUCGCGGUGAUCAAUUUAGGGGUAGUGUCAUGCCGCUUGGACGGCUACUCGCAUUCUUGUGGGCGUGAGUGAAGGGGCUCCUUGGGUGCAUGUGCCUAAGAGUAGCAUCGGUUGUUGUUUCAUUCCAGCAUCUUCGAGAACAUGAAACAAGCGCUCGUUUUGUCGCCGCCGCCGCCGCCGCUGCUAUUGGGGAAGCAACAGCGCGUGUAUAUAAAGUGUUAGACGUGUCUGACACAUUGUUUCCCGCCUCGUCAAUGCUGUGCGUCAGUCUAUGUACGCACGUAACUUACGCCCUCUUCCCCUCUGAACAUGGGCAGGUGCAGAUGAACAGGGGGAAGUUUGGGUGCGCCGUGAUCUUUUUUUUUGUUGGUAGACUAUGCUUGCUAAGGGAAACAUUCCAACGGACGGGGGCAGGUCAGAUUCACAUACAUGAUGAUCACUUCGAGAUCGGUUGAUGUAGACUGUUGUUACUUUCUGAUCUUGUCGUGAAAGUAGGGGCGAUAAGCGCAGCGUCCAUUGCAGUUUGUUGCUGCUGGACUCAGAAUUGCCUCGCCUCUCCUAGGAAGGGUCGGUGUGUUGUAGUGUACCAAUGGUAGGACACGCGGGGACGGUGCAAUGUAGAGGAUCGCCUGCCUGGUGGUCUGUCUGAGACCUGUAGCGCGGUUGACCGCUCAGGGGGAAACAAAGAUGCAGAACAAAUCUUGUUUUUUUUCUCCAGAAAUAACAACUGGUUUAUCUCAUUAU